GGCGGAUGAGUGAACUUCAURUUUCAGGCGRAAAAAUCAUUAUUUUAAAGCAUAAAACAAAAAGAAUUUCAGGUUCUUAAAGAAUCAAUACCAAAAGGAAAYUUUCUUUGAUCUAUUCAAAAUAUAUCAUAAUCAAAAUGAGUGAUAUUAGAGACAUUUUAGAGCUGGAACAGCCGAUUGGUGCSAUACCACCGACGAAGGAGGCGAUUGUAUCUGGAAUGAAGUUAAAAAAGCCUAAAAGGGUAUCAGACGUUCCACUUAAGAGACCAGAAGGAAUGCAUCGUGAACUCUUUGCCUUGCUAUACAAUGACAGCAGGGACUCUCCUCCAUUAGCACCAUCUGAUACUACCCAAGGUUAUAAACAAAUGAAGGCUAAACUGGGAAGGAAGCAUGUCAGGACAUGGAAAUGGGUUCCAUUUGUGAAUCCAGCACGUACCGAUGGGGCAAUGCUAAACCAYUGGAGAAGAACUACAGAUGUUGCUAAGGAAUAUCCCUUUGCMAGAUUUAAUAAGAAAGUUGAUGUUCCUGACUAUACAGAAGAAGARUACCAGAUGUACCUUAGUGAUGGUUCGUCAUGGAGUAAGGAAGAGACGGAUCAUCUCUUUGAUUUGUGCAGGCUAUUUGACUUGCGAUUUAUAGUGAUCCAUGACAGAUAUGAUAGAAAAAAGUUCCAGAAUAGAGCAAUUGAAGAAAUAAAAGACAGAUAUUACAGUUGUGUAACAAGAUUACUGAAGGCAAGAACACCAACAGGUCAGGAACCAGCCAAUCUACCAACACCAUUUGAUGCUCAUCAUGAAGCAGAAAGGAAGAACCAACUUUUAAAACUUUAUAACCGAACACAAGAACAGGUCCAAGAGGAAGAGAUGCUUAUAACAGAGCUUCGUAAAAUUGAAAUGCGUAAGAAAGAAAGGGAAAAAAAACANUCUUUUGUCUCUCUAAGGCAUCGAAAGGAAGCGUUGGCUCCAACCAAAAUACAAACUUCUUCAACCUCUCCGGUUGAAUUAACGCCAACACCUAAGCAAUCCAGUCCACAGUCUGCAACUCCUCUCAUUGACGCUGUUACAUCCUCACCAGGGACCCCUAAUGCGAGAAAAAGAAGAACUGCUUCGACGUUCYUAGAACAAAAUAAUCCUCUGAAAAAAACAAAAAGAUUCUAACACAGGCUAGUCGAAGCACCUAACACACCUACUCCCUCUUGGGAACAAAACACUCCUGCCCCACCCCCCAUCGCGGGCAGCAGAAUACYGAUAAUUCGGAAUGUCAACUGGGAAAACGUUAAAAAUGUUUGUAAUUGUAACCAAUGAAAUUAUUAAAAAAGUUAUCAAGAGAUUACUUCUUCAGCCUUUCUAGCGAUACCAGUCACGAACGCCAUCUUGUUUUUGGAAUGCAUUUAUCUUUGAUUUUCAAAGUCUACAAUGUCGAGACUGUUGAUUUAUUCAAUCUACUCGAUCUAGUAUGAAACACAUCUAAUCUGUAAAUACAUUUGGAUGUUUUGAGGCAAUAAUUAAAAUUUCAAAGCUCGCCGGCGUGGCGACUGUA